AUGUAUCAAAUAGAGCGGUGCGAAAGAACCGCUUAUGUUUCUGGAUUACAUCCUUCCGUCAGGGACAUAGAGCUGUUCGAACUUUUCAACAGGGUUGUGUUUAUAGGGAAACUUUGAAUUGAAAAAAUUCUAAUUGAAGGUGACUCACGUGGAAAAAGUGAUUCUGCGAAACUCUGCUCCUCGUCAUGCUCUCAUUGUGUUCAGGUGUGAAGACUGUUAUUGUGAAAUGAGUGAAGUUAUUAUUUCAGGACGGUAGACGGCCUCUACAAAGCCUUGGUCACUUUUCACAACUUUGAGUUGAAAGGAAGGAAUUUGCAUAUUCGGCCACUGAGGUUUCGCCUUUUUUUCAAAUAAAACAUCUGCUGAAAAUGAACUAUUUUUAAGUAUAGCUCAUUAUGCGCCAGUCAGUUUGUUUCUACAAAUUCAUAACUUGACGGAGAUUUGCUUCGAGACCUUUGUUUUUUGAUUUGUAAAGAGUGUUUUACGAUAGCCUUUUUCUGCUGUGUCUUAAAUUGUGACCAUCUUCAGCGGAUAUACAUGAAGCGCCAUUUUUGCUACUCAUUAAAAUGAAAAAAACUUUUAUUUUCAAACAUGGUUUCCAGAGAAAGCUCUCACGCAAGCAACGACACCUUCAGCGCUCUGUACGAUCCUUUCAACCGUCAGAUGAAUUUCGCUAAUAGCCCUCGCAACAGAGCUUUCUCCAACGUCGAGCCGCGUUUCAACCGCGGGUCUAACCGCAACGCAGGCCAUCGCAGAUCCACCAACCGGGAUCGCAACUACCCAAACGGACAGCAGCAGAACUACUUUCCUCAGAACUAUUGGAUGCCGCCGAUGAACUUCAAUCCCGAUCACAUUUCUUUUGACGACUAUUCGGGGGCCGCUCAGGAGUAGGUUUUUUUCUUUUUUUAACCAAUUUCAAAAGGUUUUUCUCAAUCAGACUUGCGUUUUAGUCUUUGAAAAAGUUAUUCUUUAAGAUUAUAUUGUCUAGUUUUGAUUUUUCAAGCUUUUCCCAACUUUUGAAAAUUGCAUCAUGUAGAUUUGAAAAUUUCAUACUGUUCAGGAGUGGGUUUUUUUUCUUGUUAGAAUUUUUCAAAAGGUUUUUCCUCAUCAGACUUACAUUAAAAAAAAAGUUUUUCUAUUGUUUAUGAAAGGACUUUAUCGUCUACUUUCGGUUUUUUGAAGCUUUUUGACAACUUUCGAAUAUUGCAUACCGUUCUGAGCCCUCAACGGUUAUUUUCAAAGCGAACAUAACCUCCAAAAUAUACCACUUGAUUAUGGUUUUUUUUAUUAUUUUUUUUGUGAUACUCCUUUCCGAAAUAAGUUUUUUUUUUUCCUUUGAAUUGUGUUCCUUAUUUUUAGGUUUGACUUGUUGGCUCAUCUUUUUCAUUUUGGAAAUCUGAGACAGUCUGCGUCUGCUGAAAACGCAAUCCGGUGCUAAACAUCUCGUUUUUAAAAUAAUUUUGGCAUUCAGGCUCCAAAACCUGAUGUCGCCCAUGGUGUCGAGAAGCGAUGACUACGUUCACAGACCCAGAAAUAGCGCUCGCGAACGCCAAGGAUCGCUUUCUUACAUGAAAUCGGUAUGUCCGAAAAAUUGAAAGUUAAGAAAAUAUGCUUUAAGUCGCCACCAACUUGGAAAAUGGAGCUUCAGCACAAAGCAGAUGACUCGAAGCCUGAAGAGCACCGUGAGAAACUCAUUCUUCUUCGAAAAUAUACUUAGGAGUUUUAGAGUGGUCCCUAUAGAUAUUAGGGGGUGAAAAAGCUUCUAUAGGACCGAAAAAAGUGGUCCCCAUGGGGGAAAACCAAGAUGGUCCCUAUAGGGGUAGAGGGUCUGAUCCCCUAGCCUUGAAAGCAUAAGUGGUACCAUUAGUGGUUAUUCAGUUUUAUUCAUAAAAUUUUGUUUCUUUAUUUUUUUGAAUGAAAAUGCUUCCUAGCUUGUCCCCUAUAGGGGUCAUUAACUAAAACCCCUAUAUAAAAGACCCUAUAGGAGUUGGUAAAGUGGUCUCUUGAGUAGACUCUCCAAGGGCCCCUAUUGAGACCACUCUGGAGUUCCUCAGAAAUGUCAUUUUUCAGAAGUUUCCGAAGCUGAGAAUACGGCGAAAAACAAUGAAAAAGCGGCUCCGCAAACGGUCAACCAGGCUCGCAACGGCGAGUCUUCGAUAUCGCGUCGUCGGAAUCCUCCGCCCAACCUUUCUCUUGUGAACAAUGCCGACUUUUUCGAGAAGUAUCCGUGCACCUCGACUCCGAUGGAUCGCAAUGCGCCUCAUGCUCAUGGUUUAUUUCAUUUUUCCUAGUGAAGAUUUAAGUUUCUAGUUUAAUGGAUCUUCCAAGGAGUUUUUCAAAUUUUGAGUCAACUUUUAAGUUUGAGUGAACUGAAUUCUAAUAAUUUAGUUGGGAAUUGUCUUUUUUGGGCCCUUUUCACCUAGUUUUGAGUCAGAAUGGAAUUUAGGUGUUUUCAAAAAAAUUAUAAUUUUUUCCGUUUGUUUUUUCUUACAGUCUAUAUGAAAGCCUUCAGAAUGUAAGAAAAAAUAUUCAGGGAAUUUUUUUCAACUUCAGUUGUUCGUAUUCACUAAAUGCCGUGUUCACAGCGAAUGUAAAAUUAUCCCUGAUUCUCCAAAAUAUAGCUAUCUUUUCCAUUCUCUAACGGCUAUUUUGCAUUUCGCGGAAUCAUUUUGAACACAACAAAAAAAAAUUUGGCUUUUUUUUUGUAGAUUUCUUCGAAAAAUCAUCAUUCCCAGAUCUCGAUUUCUUAUGAAUUUUAAAGAAAAAGACUUUGCAGCUCCAAUUUCGCCAAUGGACCCGGCUGUGGUCGCCUACCGCCGUGGAGACCAUCUGAAGAAGUUCGGCGGAAACGAGACCUUGUCGCCGAUCAUGCCGCAUCCGGUCACGAGAAAAGAGCCUCACUUGGACAGCUCCCGUCGCGAAAUGACCAACGAAGAACUGUCGGAGAUGAUCGUCUCGACCAAAAACCUGCAGCUCAACGGCAACGUCCCCAAAACCAACAUGGAAGCUCAUCUCAAUUUCGGUUUGUUCGACUAGAAAUGAGCGCAGUAGGAGAAUUGGUCAGCUGAUCCGAAAUUGCUUUUUUAUGCAGCUCUGAGAAAAUCGCAAAUCAAAUAAUUCAUUUUUUUUUUUCAUCUUUUCAAUAUCUUAUGGCUAUAGUCUGCUCAGAUUUUGAAUGUCAAGUAGAAUGAGGUCAUUCGAAAACGCUCUGUGGAUGGCUCGCUCUCUGAUUAGUUUAUCGCGUCAUUAGGGGGCGGAGCUUCAGCGAGGACUUGACAUUCGAGAUCUGUACAGACUAUAUUUUAAAUAGUUUUAAACGCAAUAUUAGCAGCUCGAGGUGGAUUUCCAGAACCUAGACUUAUUCGAGAAAAAAAACGAUCUGUAGUGGAAUGUUAUAUGGUAAAAAUCAAGGAAUCGUAACAUUAUUCUACAAGUCCAGUCUGGAAUAUUACCGUUUUUCGCAGACGACACCGGCCCGGCGCCCUGGUCUCCCGUGAAAAGGCUGCGGGCCGAGAGCGGCUGCAUGGGCGGCAACGCGUUCAGUUCCAGUCCCCAGUGCUCUCCGAUCAGAUCCAACGCGCCUCUCUUCACUUCCUACGCCGAGACUGAUGACGACGUGCGUCUUUUCCGCUUGACCAAAAAAAGGAAUUCUUAGGAAUUCACACUAAGCUCUCAUCAAUUGAGAGAUUAGCCCACAAAAGGCCUACGUGUCUGUGAGGAUUAGGUUGCAAAAAAAAAGACGGAUUUAUUUCUGGAAGCGUUGAAUUUGCAAUAGUGAGCAGUAGAAUCUGCAGAAGAGAAAUUUAUAAUUCAAAAGUUAGUUUUGUGAAGAACAAAAAAAUUUUUUUAAAAAAAUCAGCUUUUUUUAAGUCUGAAAAAUAGGUGAAACAAAAAAAUAUAUCUAAAAUAUCGGAAGAUUUUUUUCAUUUUUUUCAACAAGGACUUUUUGAGGUGUUUGUCGACAGUGGUGUGGAUCCUCACCUCGGCACGACCGGAAAUCAUUCGGCCGCUCAGAAUUCGCAGCGCCGAGCCCUUUCCGCGGCUUCCUUCCUUCCGAACAACUUUCCUCCGCACUUGGCCGAAAUCUGUCUUUCCAAGCGGAUGAAUCAUUUCGAUGACGUCACCAACAACCGUCUCCCGUCGAACGUCCAUUCUGCGACUCCGAUGCCUCGUUCUCGUCAGACUUUCCGAUUUUCGGUGAGCUGAGGAACAGUCAUGCCGUGUUCAAUUUGAUCCCGCGAAAGAAAAAAUACCCGUUAGAGAAAGGAAAAGAUCACUAAAUUUUGGAGAGUUAGAGAUCAUUUUGCAUUUCGCGAAAUCAAUUUGAACACGGCAUCACUUUCACUCCAAAUUUGUGAAAAUCGUUAGAAACAGUUUUAUUUAAAAGCGCUCUUACAAGAAAGUCUAGGCACAAGUUUUUGAAAUGUUAGAAGAUAUAUUGCUCUCUUUAUUUUUAUAAACAUAAGAUUCAGUUAACUGGGCUACAAAUAACAUGUUGGAAACGUGUUUUACGUUGCUUUCACUGUUUAUAAUUUUCAUAGCAAGAAAAAAACAUUUCCAUCCUUAUAAUUAGUGUAGAUGCAGUGGAAUAGGUUUAUAUCCAGCUCUCGUGAAAAAAAAUUGGUGGCCAGAAAAUUUUUUGCAUUCAAAUGGAGUUUAUUUUUCAUCUUUUCGAAUAAAUUUAGUCAAAAAUUCAUGAAAAAACUUCCUAGUACUACCCUGAAAAGAAAAACCAAGAGACCGUUUUCAAACAUUGCGAUAUGAGGUUUAGUUUCAAAAGCGUUUCCGAGCUAGUUUUCUCCUUAAAUUGAACUAUUAAUUUGACAAAAUUAUGUAUAAAAUCGAAUGUUUUUGAUCAAAAAUUGAGCGGCAAGAGUGAAAUCAAAUUUUUAGAAAAGUUUAGUUUACUCGAACGAAUUUUACAAGCUUGUCCAACUAAAAACUACUAAAUCACCCGAAUCCUAGUUACAAUUAUGAACAAAAGGAAUCUUCAGAAUCCAUUGAACUCUUCUCGUCACGCCUCGGUCCCAGAUGCUCAGAGUCUGUAUGAUCUUCGCCCGAUCGACGAGAACAUCUUCCAAAAUCCCAACGUCGGUGUCUGA